GCUCAUAUAUAAGUUUCGCCUGUCCUCCCCGUUGACUCGUCUGUUCGUCGACGAAGGCAGGACUCCUCAUUUCUGGACAGUUUCCUUCACUGCUGAAAGAGAUGGUUUCUCGUUUGACAGCAGCGUUACUCUUCGGAGUAAUCGCAGCAAUUAGCGCUCAGACCCCUGGACGAAGAGCCUGCUACUACGAGAGCUGGGCCGUGUACCGACCCGGCGAAGGCGCUUACGACAUCGAUGACAUCCCGGCAGAUCUGUGCUCCCACCUGAUCUACUCCUUCUGCGGCGUCUCUAACGUCACCUGGGAGGUCCUUGUCCUGGAUCCUGAGCUGGACAUUCAGGGAAAGAACUACGAACGCUUCACUGGUCUGAAAGCCAAGUACCCGGACUUGAAAACUACCAUCGCCGUCGGAGGAUGGGCUGAAGGAGGCAAGAAGUACUCCCAAAUGGUCGGUGUGCCCGAACGUAGGGACAGCUUCAUCAAGAGCGUCGUGGCCAUGCUGAACCAGUACAACUUCGAUGGGUUCGACCUCGACUGGGAAUACCCCGGGGCAAGCGACAGGGGUGGCGCAUGGGCCGACAAAGACAAUUUCUUAAAACUGGUGGAGGAACUUAGAGCAGCCUUUGACGCAGAGGGCAAGGGAUGGGAACUCACCGCCGCCGUUCCAGUGGCCAGGUUCAGACUCCAAGAAGGAUACCACGUGCCCGAGCUUUGCCAGUUGCUGGACGCUGUUCACUUGAUGACCUAUGACCUCCGUGGUAACUGGUGUAACUUCGCCGACGUACAUUCCAUGUUGUACACAAGGCCCGGACUUGAUGAGUGGUCUUACGAAAAGCUUAAUGUGAACGACGGAGCUCUUCUGUGGGAGGAAUUUGGAUGCCCACGCAACAAGCUGGUGGUCGGAACUCCCUUCUACGCAAGGACUUACACUCUCUCAUCACCUGCCAACCACGAGAUUCACGCUGGCAUCAAGCAGUGGAUCGGAGGAGGAAAUCCAGGCCCUUACACGGAGGCUUACGGAACUUUGGCGUACUUCGAGGUCUGCAAAAUGAUGCUGGAUGACAAAGCCUGGGUUCCUGAGUACGAUAAUUUGGGUCUUGUUCCUUACACCUACAAAGAUGACCAGUGGGUAGGAUACGAAGAUCCCGACAGCCUCCAAAUCAAGAUGGACUACGUGAAGGAAAUGGGAUUCCUCGGAGCCAUGACCUGGGCCAUCGAUCAGGACGAUUGGCACAACUGGUGUGGAUUAGGUGUUAAUCCCAUGAUGAACGUCAUGUAUAAUGGCCUCAAGGAUUACGUCGUUCCAGAACCUACACCUAAGAAAAAUUAAACCAUUGGCUGCUGCAAUGAGGUUAUUUUGCAAAGACUACGAGCAGAUCAUCUGUGGAGACUAAUGUGCUUUGGAUUCUCCCUCAAAAACAUGAUAUCUAAGAAGCUUUCGUUUGGGGAAAAAAAUCUAAAAUUAAUUGAAAUGUUCGUAUCUGGAUGAUAUAAGAUAAUCUGACCUAACAUGUCUCCAGCACAAAUGACUAAAUUGAGCAAUAAACAGUUAUUUAGUA